AUGUUCGAGGAUUAUUGUAUUAUAAAGUUUCUAUCUACGGGAACUCCUUAUAGAUCAUUAGCAUUUUCAUUUCGUAUGGCACAUAACACGAUCAGUGGAAUAAUUUAUGAAACAUGUAACACAAUUUGGAAUGUUUUUGGACAAAUUCAUAUGCCUUUUCCGACGAAAGAUAUGUUUUACCAGAUUGCUCACGAUUUUGAAACUCUGUGGAAUUUUCCUAAUUGUAUCAGGUGCAUUGACGGUAAACACAUCCGCAUAAAAUGUCCAAAAAAAACUGGUUCAAUGUUUUAUAACUAUAAAAAUUAUUUUUCGGUACACUUGCAAGGCGUGUGUGAUGCAAAAUAUAAAUUUAUUACAGUGGACAUAGGAGCGUAUGGAAAACAGAGUGAUAGCGGUGUAUUUACUGAGUCUAAUAUAUAUAAUUACCUAGAAACAAAUUCUUUUAAUGUACCACCCAACAGACCACUUCCAAACACAAAUAUUCCAAUGCCUUUUGUUUUAUUGGGAGACCAAGGAUAUCCACUAAAAGAAUAUUUGAUGCGACCAUAUCCAUGCACCACAAAUUUGGAUCCAGAAAAAGAAAUUUUCAACUAUCGUCUUAGUCGAGCCAGACGAAUGAUAGAAUGUACAUUUGGUAUAUUAGUAUCAAAGUGGAGGUGUCUAAAAACGGAAUUACAAGUUAAUGAAGAUCAC